AUGGUGUUACCAGUAGGUGCCCCCAAUAAUCUUCUAAGUCAACGUCCGACUACGCUUCGUCCGAAGGGACCGGCGACAACGUCGGGCGAGCGACAAGCACCGCAAGUUCUACCAGCUCCACUUGUUGUUCAACAUGUUGCACAAAAUCAGCACACAGAGGUGCAACUCGGUCUUGCACCAACCGGAGGAGGCGGAUUUUUUGCAUCGGGUCUACUGCGAACCCGGCAGGCAAGGCCUCGUGCACUGUCGAUGAUGCCAUUGACGAGAUCGGCGAGCCAGGAUGAAGUCGGAUACGAAAAGGCUCCGCUCAUCACCUCACGAUCGAAGCAAUCAAGCAGUCGGCAAAGUCGUCAUAAGUAUUACCCGUUGUCACAAGAGGAGACACUCGAGCUCCUCUACCUUCUUAAUCAAGAUUUUGGCGAAAUUUUUUAUUCUGAGAUUGAACGUGAUCGGUAUUUGUGUCUUGAACAUACUUUCAACAUCAAAAGUACGAAAUCAGCGUCGAGAGAAGUUUUGAAAAAUGAUAAGAUGUCAGUAUUCGUAGCCGGUGAAUUAGACAUGGAUCUUCGAAGUGGUCGAUUGUCCAGAAAACUAACCACACGACGUCCCUACUCAACACUACUAACAAUUACUGAAGGCGUGGCAUUACCGCCAAUAACGACAACGAUGACAGGUGAACGAUCACUCCAUACACAAGCCAUAUAUGCCGUAUCCAUACGUGACAUGCUUCCACUGAAAUUAUCCGACUCUCGUUGA